UACAUAAACCCCACACCACUGCGAAUAUGACCAGGCCAUUUCUCUCCAAGUAAAGACAGAUGAAGAACUUUGCUGUUCUUGGUCAUAGACUAGAGAUGCUUUCUAGCUAUUCAUGCAACAAACUGCCUUGCUUCUCCCAAUCUUUUAAAGCUCAAAUUCGAUCAAUUUUUCGUGUCUUGCUCUUUCAGGCCAACCCUUUCUAUGUCCAGCUUGUUUAUUUUGUCAUGCUCUCUCUGUUGGGUUAUUUGGCUUUGAUGUUCACAAAGCCAAGAACUACUAGGCCCAAGGACGUUGAUGUGUUCUUCACAUCUGUGUCUGCCACAACAGUCUCAAGCAUGUCAGUAGUGGAAAUGGAGGUCUUUUCAAACACCCAUCUCAUUAUUUUGACCAUUUUGAUGUUAUUGGGUGGGGAGGUUUUCACUUCCAUGCUUGGACUUCAAUUUACAAGGUCCAAAAUUAUUCCCAAGUUUCAUGAUCAUCAUACAGACGGCAGAAUUGAUGUAGUCAAUACCAAAAACCAUUUCCCAGACUCUAAUGCCGAUCAAAUUGAGUUGGGUUUGGCUACUCAUUCACAUUUAGAGAAUGAGAAACCGCAAAUUAUUGAUCACAUAGAUGGUAUGAACAACAACAACAACAAUAAGUAUAAUUCUAUUAGGUUUUUGGGUUAUGUAGUUUUGGGCUAUCUUUUAGUGGUUCAUAUAGGUGGCUCUAUUUUAGUUUCCUUGUACUUCACCCUUGUCCCAAGUGCAAGACAUGUACUUGAAAAAAAAGGCAUUGAAAUCCCCACAUUUGCUGUUUUCACCACGGUUUCCACCUUUUCAAAUUGCGGUUUUGUCCCGACAAACGAAAAUAUGAUAGUUUUCAAGAACAACUCAGGUCUUUUGCUUCUUCUUCUUCCUCAACUCCUUCUUGGCAACACUUUAUAUCCAGUAUGCCUAAGAUUUCUGAUCUGGGUUUUGGAGAAAAUUACCAAGAGGGUGGAAUUUAGUUACAUGUUGAAGAAUUAUAAAGACAUGGGCUACAGCCAUAUGCUAUCUAGUCUUCGUUCUUUUCUUCUGGCCCUUACUGUCUUGGGCUUCAUAGUAGUUCAGGUUAUACUAUUUUGUGCCAUGGAGUGGAAAUCUGAAGCCAUGGAUGGUCUGACUGCCUAUCAGAAAUUUGUGGCCUCAAUCUUUCAGACCAUGAAUUCGAGACAUGCCGGUGAAUCCGUUAUUGAUCUCUCUGUUAUCUCCCCUGCAAUCUUAGUGCUCUUUGUGGUGAUGAUGUAUCUUCCACCAUAUACUACAUUUCUUCCAACAACUAGCGAUUGCGAAGACUCUGCCUCAGCAAAGGGCAUUCCAAACCCAAGAAAGACUUUGGUGGAGUCUCUAGUAUUUUCACAACUGUCUUAUUUAGCAAUGUUUAUCAUUCUCAUUUGCAUCACAGAGAGGGAAAAGAUGAAGGAAGACCCCCUCAACUUUAGUGUUCUUAACGUCAUUAUAGAAGUAAUUAGUGCAUAUGGGAAUGUUGGGUUCUCAACUGGCUACAGCUGCAAGCGUCGACUGAAACAUGAAGGUGAUUGCAAAGACGCAUGGUCUGGAUUUUCCGGAAGGUGGAGUACCCAAGGAAAGUUUAUACUCAUCACUGUCAUGUUCUUUGGGAGGCUAAAGAAUUUCAGUACUAAACAUGGCAAAGCUUGGAAGCUAUCUUGAUUCUAAAUUAACUGAUCGAUUAGGUUUAAUUUCAUACAUAACAUCUUGUACAUAUGUCUGCAAGCGAGUUGCAUGUAGUUGUUAGAUUCCUGCAAAUUAGCAUAUCAAUGGUGUGUUCCAAAUGGAUGUAAUGAGAGCUCUUCCCAAUUACAUAUAAUGUACAGUAGAG